GCGGAUGGAGGUGAAGCUUUGGCGCACGGUGCCAGUCUGUGCGCCUCAGACCCGACGAACAUCCGAACAUCUCUCAUGUUGGUGCUGCGCGUCCCACUGAGCGGACCAUGCGGCUGUUCACCGUCUCUACUCUGCUGCUGAUAUUCCUCAAUGCAGGGCUGGCUCUGCAGAUCCAGUGCUUUCAGUGUGAGGAGGUGACACACGACUGCUCCACACAGGAGUUCAUAGUCAACUGCACCGUCAACGUGCAGGACAUGUGCCAGAAGGAGGUCCUAGUGAAGGAUGAUGGGAUACACUACCGCAAGUCCUGUGCUUCGUCGGGCGCCUGCCUCAUCGCCUCGUCUGGUUACCAGCAGUUCUGCACCGGCAAUCUCAACUCCGUAUGCAUCACCUGCUGCAACACGCCGCUGUGUAACGGACCGCGGCAGAAGAAACGGCCCCAACCAUCGGCGGCCGUUGCCCUGACCGCGCCGCGGCUUUCUCUUUACGUUUUCAUCCUACUGUCCUCCACGCUGUGCUGACAGACCUUCACACUCUGAGUUAACGUGUCUUUUGACAGUGGGGACAACAGCGACUGGAACUAAUUGAGACAGUGAGGAAUAUAUACCGUGAAAUGUAUGUUCUUUGAGGUGGGGAAGGUUUGCACAGUGCUGGUUCUCCGGACUCCCAUUCUGUCACUGUUCACCUCCAAAAGUCAUCUUAUGAACCCUUUUUUCGUUGUCAUCACAUGGGUCAUGUCACACACAUCGUCGCGGUGCGGCUGCAGGGGCACAUGGGCAAGGUGAGGGGGAGGACAUGGCAACAGCUUCUGGCUAUUUUAUUGGGAAGCAGGUGGCUCAUUCGCCUGUCUUUGUUUACUUCCACUUCACGGUCAAAUAAGACCAAAAAAAAUAGUUCCCAUUCAUUUUUUUCAUUUUUCCGAGCCUGAGGAAAAGCAUUGCAGAAUUUAAAACGCUGUAAUUUAAUCGAGAUCAAUACUCUAACGCGGGACAAUCGCAGAUUUUGUUGUAUUGACGAAAUGAAAAAGUAUUUGAUGGUUUGAUGCAGUCAGAAAAAAAAGGCAAGGACAAAGAAAAUCCAGCAUGCUAAUGUUACCUACAGCCCCAAAGCGGCUCACAGGCACAACGUCAUCUGAUCACUGAGGGCCAUGAAAAAGUUUUCUCCACUUUUCUCCAUUCUGUAACAACCCUGCCUGCUGACAAAUACAUUGUGCAUAGAGCUGCAAGAGCAUGUUGAAAUACAUAACCAUAAUAAUAAUAAUAAUAUAACGAGUAGAACUGUUUGCAUUCAGGUUGAGCAGCAUCCGUACAGUGAGGUCGUGCUACGAUAAGGGGCAUCGAGGAUGGCUGCUGAUGGACUUUCAAGAAAGGGUUCUGAGAUUACAAGAAAAGUUAUGCUAGAUGCUACAAUGAGGGAAUAUGUGAUGUGCUCAACGUGCAAGUCGUUGGUUUUGUCCAUCAGAAUGGGAUUUUGCGAUGCUUUUGCGAUGCUUUUGCGAUGCUUGGGUUGUUGGUUUCGAGGGGCCCUGAACCGAGAAGGUUCCCUGUGGAUGUGUACUGGAGUACUAACCAACAUGAAUCAAGAAUGCAUUUUAACACAGAAUUUUGACAUCUGCAUGGCCACCAGCUUGCGGUCCUCUUGUGCCUCAUCUUUCCUGAUGCAUCGGCCUUAUCUGUAAAUGUUGAGGAGGAUAUUCCAUUUUUUGCAUAAAUUACUAUUUUUAUUGCCAUUACGCAAUGUCUUAUUUUAUCCUAAAUAGAUGAACCAGCCAUCUUAACAUCAUUAACAACCAUAAUGUUUGAUGAAUCACAACUUCGCUGUUUGCAUGUGUUAUUGAAACACUUUGUUUUUAAGUGAUCUGAUCAACAAUCUCUUAUUUACAUUUUCUGUUCUUGUUGUAAUGCUUUUACCUGUUAACAAGGAGGCUAAACUACAGUACGUCAAGGUUACUUCAUGUGGCUCAACGGUGUAUUUUCAGAAUACAUUUUAAGUAUAUGUUGACAGAAAGAAUUUCAAAAAUUAAUUUAGAGACCCUGAUAAAAUCUCCUGCGCAGCUAGAAGACAUCCAAUUUUAAAACAGGAGAUUGCCGUUCUUUUCCAAUAUUCUACCAUGAAGCAUGUGUUUCUCUUAUCCACGGGCUCCAUCGAUUCCUAACGUUAGCCACUAACCUUAGUGAAGUAGUUUUUUUAACAACAAACAAAAAAAAUGUCAUUUUAUUUCCUGCUAGCUCUACAAAACGGAUUACUUGUUUACUGCAUUUUCUGACUUCUUGAAAGAUGAUGAAGGCAUCUGAAUACUGAAAUGGGUAAUAAUGAGUGCUAAUAAUGAAUGGUGGUGAAUUUAAGUACUUUUGGCCGGUGCUUGUCGACUGAGCUGCUACACUGCAGCUGCCGCCGGCGCACAGCUCCCACAGUAAAGUACAAUGUGUCGCUCCUGCUUACUUGUGAGUGUGUUUGUGUUACAGCGGGCCGUGAGAUGUGAGAUGUGAGUAUCUGAAAGGAGCAGCACUACUGUUCAAAAACUCGGCUGGGUACUUUUAACUUUAACUUAAGCUGUGGGGUUCUUCGUGCUAACUGAAUAUUUCAACUUUAGUAUAAUAAUUUUCUCACAUGAUAACAAUUUCUUGCUGUUUCCCAUCAAGCUUGCUAUUGUGCAAAAUUGUUCACUCUGUAUUAGGGAUUUAUUUUUAUUUGUUCAUGAUGGCACAGCACAAGCAGGUGUAAUUUUACCGUUCAUUCUGUUGCAUUAAAUUCUACAGCACACUAUA